GGGCGGGCCACCCCUCGCCCGCUUGCCUGCUGCUGAGUGGCAGUCACGACUGUGCGCGCUGGCGAGGUGGCCGCAGGCAAGGCCGGGUGGGGCGGAGCGGGCGCUUUCCCUCUGCCUGCGGGGAGUGCGCGGAGGUGGGCAGGACCCGGGAGGGGUGAGGCCAGAGGAGGGCGCGUUGUCGCCUCGGCGAGGAUGGGAGUCCCUGGCCUCCGGAGCUGAGCGAGCCAGAGCGCGGCCGGGAGGGCGCACCGGAGGGAGGCGAGCCUCGCUGUUCCUCCGGGAGCCCAACACCAUUCCCGCGCCGCCAAGAUGAUCCCCCCGAGCGGCGCCCAUGAGGACGGCGUGGACGGGCUGCCCAAAGAGGCGGCGAGCGCGGAGCUGCCGCCUUCGCCUGCAUCCACCGGCAGCCAGGAAUCCAAGCUCCAGAAACUAAAACGGUCACUUUCUUUCAAGACCAAGAGUUUACGGAGCAAAAGUGCUGACAACUUCUUCCAGCGAAACAACAGCGACGUGAAGCUGCAGGCAGAUAUGCUGGCGGAGGUCAGCCCCGGCUCCAGCCCGCUCCCUGCCCCUGGGAGCCUGACGUCCACACCCACCAGGGCCAGCCUGUACCCAGGCGGCGGCGGCAAGGCCCACACCUUUCAGGAGCACAUCUUCAAGAAGCCUACUUUCUGUGAUGUCUGCAACCACAUGAUUGUGGGAACAAAUGCUAAACAUGGACUGCGCUGCAAGGCCUGUAAGAUGAGCAUCCACCACAAGUGCUUGGACAGCCUGACACCCCAGCGGUGCAUGGGCAAGCUGCCAAAGGGGUUUCGGCGUUACUAUAGCUCCCCCUUGCUCAUUCAUGAACAGUUUGGAUGCAUUAAAGAAGUUAUGCCCAUUGCCUGUGGCAAUAAGGUGGACCCUGUCUAUGAGACCCUCCGCUUCGGCACCUCCCUGGCCCAGAGGACAAAGAAGGGCAGCUCCGGCAGCGGAUCCGAUUCGCCUCACAGAACCUCUACUUCAGAUCUUGUAGAGGUUCCUGAAGAAUCUGAUGGGCCAGGAGGAGAGUAUGACCUACGGAAACGCAGCAACAGCGUGUUCACAUAUCCAGAAAAUGGCACUGACAACUUCAGAGACCAAGCAAAGAACAUAAACCACCAGGGACCUCCUUCCAAAGACUCAUUACAGAUGAACACCUAUGUUGCCUUGUACAGAUUUAUACCACAAGAGAAUGAAGAUUUGGAAAUGAGGCCUGGGGACAUGAUAACUCUUCUAGAGGACUCCAAUGAAGACUGGUGGAAAGGGAAAAUUCAAGACAGGAUUGGCUUCUUUCCAGCCAACUUUGUUCAGAGAGUACAACAAAAUGAGAAGAUUUUUAGAUGUGUUAGAACCUUCAUUGGAUGUAAGGAACAGGGGCAGAUAACACUGAAAGAGAAUCAGAUCUGUGUGACUUCUGAAGAAGAACAAGAUGGCUUUAUCAGAGUCCUUAGUGGAAAGAAGAGAGGUCUCGUCCCCCUCAAGGUUCUAGAAAACAUCUGAUUGCUGGCCCCUCCUCUUUUUGAAGUCAGCAAGCUCUGCUGUGAUUCCCCAUCUCACACUGUGUUAACCCAGAGUUGCUGCCGUGCUGACUGGCCACCCAGGAAACAGUGAGACAAGACUCAAGGAUCUGAGACUGUGGAGCAAGAGGUACAAGGCAGAGGGCCAACUGCACAGCACAUCCAGGCUGCCCAAGGUGAGGGUGAGGCUGAGGCUGAGAGAGUCGGCCAGCAGAGCCAAGUGCCACCGUACCCGGUGGGCAGUGAGCCCACCGUCCCCCAGGAUGCAACUUCCUCCCUGUCCAUGUGGUGUAAGUUAACUGGCUGGAGGGCGCUCCUGCUGGGAUAUGGCCCCAGUGUGACAUUCAGAUCUGUACAGCCAAGCGGGAUUCUGGUUCUAGACCUUUGUCCCCAGUACAGACCAAUCAGCAUCAUCACACUUGACACCCCAGCAGUCUCUCUGCAGAAUAUCAGGAAGCCCUGCUUCCCAGCCCCCAGCAUUCCAGUGCUCACCACGUGCUCCCCACAUGCUCCCCUCACUUGGCAAUCAUGCUGUCUCUUCUGUCCUCCGAUAAGUCCUGGGUGUGCAUUAAAUGUGAGGGCUAAGUUGAUGUGGUACCAACUGCAAAGACCUAAUCUGCCCAGAGAUUGCUGUCACGCUGUCCCUCCUGCUACUCUAGUUGCUGAUGAAGAUGACAGCGGGAUCUGAGGCACAGAUACAGUGGGCCAAGAUGGGGUGAGGUAGGGUCAAGAGCCCUUAUUUUUUGAUGAUUAUACAGCCUUUCCAGUUGUGAAGUCCUUUCCCCAAGGAGACAGAGCUGGGUAAGCAAAUAUGGCAGGAAGUCUCCAGGAGAACUUGAUCUUUAUGUUACAUCCUCUGUAUUGAGGUGGCCAUUUUUCCUCCUGCCAUCCUGUAGGACUCCCUUUUAGAGGUUGAGCCCACCUUGCAGGGAACCAGAAACAUAGAAGCAAAAACAGCAUUUUAGGAGAAAAGUAGCCAAAUUGGAAUCCAUUCUUCUUUAGGGCAGACACUUAUGCCCUAGCAGGUGUAAAAUGGAAAAGAAUUCUUAAUGCUUCAACCCUCUGAAAGCAGAGAAACUCGGGGCCUAUUUAGCAUCAGCUAGAGGAAUCUCUGUUACUCUGUAUUGGUACUAAUGUUUACAAGAAUACAAUAUACUGUGAUGCCUUUCUCCUCAAGCCUCUUCCUAGUAUACGAACUUGCUUCCUAUUAGUCAUUAAUACGGUUAAACUUCAAUUCACAAUGACCUUGGAAUUAAUGUCAGUUUGGUUUAUUUUGUUACAGAGCAAUAAAAUCAUUAGAACAAUUGGUUUUUUAAAAAGACCUACAUGGAUGCAUCCUGUGCAUGUAAGGAUUAUUUCCCAAACCAAAGGAUCAUUCAUCUCCAUUUAUUUUGUUGUUGUUGUUGUUGUUGUUGUUACUGCUCAGUGUGAAGUCAGGAGCUGAGACAGGAUGGCUGCUGGUUUCACAGUAGUUUGGAUGCCUUACUCUCAUUUUAAAGCCAGCAUCCAGAAUUUCCUCCCUCUCUGGUACAACAGGCAGAACUGAGUGUACAAGUCAAGAUGGAUUCUUUGAUCCAGCGUGGAUAGUAUGACUGCCGUUCCAUAAAAUGGAAUGCCUCUAAUUCAAUAUUCCAUUUAAUAAAGAUAAUACAGUGGCUGGAAGGAGUCUAGAAAACAUGUGUCCUGAUCUCUUCUUUUUCAUAAAAUAUCC